AUGUUACUAUCGAAGCAGGGAUGGCACAGAGCGGGACAGAAACAGACUGAACAAGCUGGUCAGGAGGAGGUGAGGGACAGGAGGCCCCUGGACUCUGUGGAGGAGGUGAGGGACAGGAGGCCCCUGGACUCUGUGGAGGAGGUGAGGGACAGGAGGCCCCUGGACUCUGUGGAGGAGGUGAGGGACAGGAGGCCCCUGGACUCUGUGGAGGAGGUGAGGGACAGGAGGCCCCUGGACUCUGUGGAGGAGGUGAGGGACAGGAGGCCCCUGGACUCUGUGGAGGAGGUGAGGGACAGGAGGCCCCUGGACUCUGUGGAGGAGGUGAGGGACAGGAGGCCCCUGGACUCUGUGGAGGAGGUGAGGGACAGGAGGCCCCUGGACUCUGUGGAGGAGGUGAGGGACAGGAGGCCCCUGGACUCUGUGGAGGAGGUGAGGGACAGGAGGCCCCUGGACUCUGUGGAGGAGGUGAGGGACAGGAGGCCUCUGGACUCUGUGGAGGAGGUGAGGGACAGGAGGCCCCUGGACUCUGUGGAGGAGGUGAGGGACAGGAGGCCCCUGGACUCUGUGGAGGAGGUGAGGGACAGGAGGCCCCUGGACUCUGUGGAGGAGGUGAGGGACAGGAGGCCUCUGGACUCUGUGGAGGAGGUGAGGGACAGGAGGCCCCUGGACUCUGUGGAGGAGGUGAGGGACAGGAGGCCCCUGGACUCUGUGGAGGAGUUUGAGACGGUGGUGGCUGCACGUCUGACGCUCUCAGAAGUGGAGGAGGUGUUUGAGGGCAGGUCCUGGAGGAACUCGAUCACCAGCCAUCCGAGCUCCAAAGUGCUGAAUGCCACCGGUCGGUCCUUCACAGUGAGGAGCAGUCUGCAGUUCCAGGUGGACCGCAGAGAGGACAGCGUGGCCUACACCUGCAGCGUGGAGCACGUGUCCUUGUCCACUCCCUACAUGACCACAGAGGUGCUGGAGGUUCAUUAUGCACCGCAGUUAGAGAUCAGAAACUCACUGAUAAUUCCACAGGAAGGACAGUACUUCAAGCUGGAGUGUGUGAACAGAGGAAACCCAAUCCCAGACCCAAUCCUGUGGUCCAAAGAUGGCGGCGAUCUCCCAGACGUGGACCGGAUGAUUGUGGAGGGCACAGAGCUCACCUUCACCAUGCUAAACAAGACGGACAACGGCACGUACCGCUGUGAGGCCAGCAAUGACCUGGGCACUGCACGCGCCGAGUACAUCCUCUUUGUAUACGAUCCAAACGCUUUAGGACAACACGGGCCGGACCACGCACUAAUCGGAGGAGUCGUGGCCGUCGUGGUCUUUAUCACCCUGUGUUUGAUAAUCGCUCUGGGCCGAUAUCUGGCCAGACAUAAAGGGACGUAUCUAACUCACGAGGCCAAGGGGGCGGAGGACGCUCCCGACGCGGACACCGCCAUCAUCAACGCCGAGGGCAACCACGUCCAUGCGGAGGAGAAGAAAGAGUACUUCAUUUAG